AUGGCCAUCCUCCAGGACCUCCGCCAGCAGAUUCAGGCCGGGCUGGAGAUGCCCAGCGCCCACGGGCCUGCGGAAGCCGAAGCCCGCAGAACCCAGCAGCCGGAGGCACCAGGCUAUCUCAGAAGAUUACAUUUCAGCUUGAAGAAGGGACGAUGGGAUGCAAAAGAAGAGGAACAGUUAAUUGAAUUAAUAGAGAAAUACGGUGUUGGUCACUGGGCGAAAAUUGCUUCUGAACUCCCCCAUCGAUCAGGUUCCCAGUGUCUGAGCAAGUGGAAAAUCAUGGUUGGGAGGAAGCGGAGUCUCCGCAGGCAGCGGCGGAGGCCCCGUCGCAGGGCCCGCUGGAGCUCCAGCAGCAGCAGUGGCGGCGGCAGUGAGGACAGCGCUGACAGCAGCAGCACCAGCAGCAGCAGCAGCAGCAGCAGCAGCAGCAGCAGCAGCGAGAGCUCGGAGGCGGAGCUGGAAGAGUCCCAGGGGCGGGGCGGGGCGCUGUUGCCCCCACAGUACACAGUACCAGACAUUGACCUGUGGGUUCCUGCAAGGCCACGUGCCAGCCAGCCACACAGAGAAGGUGCCGCCGCCCCUGCCGCCGCCGUCUCCGAGGGCUCUGAUGCCGCCCCCGCUCGCCCCCAGGACGUCCCCACCGCUGCUCCUGCCGGGGAGCCGUCCUUCCAGGGUACACGGCACCAUCCCGAGAGGCACCCAGGACCCACACCCACCAGACACUCGCCCCGCAAGCGCGGAGGAGCCGGCCUGCAAGCAGGAAAGACAGAGGCAGCCAGCCCUGCCCGCCUCGCCCCCAGGGCCUGGCCCUGGAGACCGCAUGGACGCGUCGCACCUCAAGAGGCUGUGGCAGCAGCGCCGGAGACACGCUCUACGCCAGAGGCUCCUGGAGCGCAAGCUUCUGCUGGCUGUGACGCCCUGGCCGAUGGCAUCAGGAUGAAGUUGGAGCAUGCGCGCCUAGCCAGCACCCCGGUGUUCACGCUGUUUAUCCAGCUGCUACAGAUCGACACUGCAGGCUGCAUGGAGGUGGUUCGAGAGAGGAAGGCCCGGCCUCUUCCAGCACGCCAGCCCGGAGCCCCAGCUCCACUGCAGCAGGCUCUGCAGGAGCCCUCCAGUGUCCAGAGCACCCCAGGCCGCCUCUUGCCAGCCGUGCCACCUCAGAGCACUGCACAGAACACCAGCCCCGUGGGGCACGCGGGGCUGGGGUCCCGCCGCCCCGAGUCUGCCGCGUCCCCCGUGCCCGCGCCCGCCCCCUGGGGCCCCCGGCCCAAGCCCAAGACAGUGUCUGAGCUGCUACGAGAGAAGCGGCUCCGGGAGUCCCGGGCCAGGAAGGCCGCCCAGGGCCCCGUGGUGCUCCAGCCCCAGCUGCUGGUUUCCUCGCCCGUGGUCCUGCAGCCCCCUCUGCCAGCAGCCGCCCAGGGGCCCCCGGCCACGUGCCUGACCAUCGCAAACCCGGCGCUGUCUGGGCCUGGGACCCCUCUGGUGGCCAGUGCGAGCCCUUCUGGCUCCUGGCAGGAGGCUGGGGCUUCAGCCAAGGGUGAGAGGCCUGCUAGCCUUCAGGCCGGGUCCCUUGCCCCUGCCCUCCCAGGAGCCCAGGGCACAGCCCCUGCUGCCUGCAGCCCGCCUGCCCCGGGCCCCAGUCCAGGCCCUGUGAGCGGUCCUCCAGGCAAUCCGGGCCCGCCCCGGGCCCCUGCCGCAUCCCAGGAGCAGAGCCUGCCCAGAGUCCUGCCUCUCUUCCCCGCCGUCCCUAGCCCUGCUCCGCCCCUCAGCCUGCCGCCCCAGGGUGGAGCUCCCCUGCCCGCCAGCCUGCCCCUGCCAGUCACCUGGGUGCUCACAGCACAGGGGCUGCUCCCUGUGCCCGUGCCAGCCGUGAUCGGCGUUUCCAGGCCAGCGGCCACCCCCGACCCUGCAGGGCUGCUGGCAGCACUGCCGCCGCCUCCUGCAGAAACCCCGUCCCCGUCCCCAGCCAGUGCCGACACGGAGCCAGCCACGUCCUCUGGAACACUCCCCCCGACGGGCCCCCCAUCCCAGAGCCCAGCCACAGAACGCGAUCCUCGCCCAGCCCCCGGAGUGGCCCAGGUGGCCCGCGAGGCGUCAGUGUCCAGAGCAAGCGCUCCGGCUGGCCACACGGGAGCAGAGCCCCCCAGGCCGAGCCCCCCGCCGGCCCAUAGCGCCCCCGGCUGCAGGCGAGAGCCGGGGGGGACACCAGGGAAAGCCUCGGGGUCCCUGGAGCUCAGAGGGCCUCCGAGCCCGGAGAGGCCCGAGAAGGGCGCCCUGGACCUGGGCCUGCUCUCUCAGGAGAGUGAGGCUGCCGCGCGGAAGUGGCUGAGGGGCCCGCGAGGGGCCCGCGUGCCCCAGCUGGAGAGCAGGCUGCCCUACCAGCCCCCCGCCCUGUGCAACCUGCGCGUGCUGGCCAGCCUGCUGCUCCAAAAGAAGGCCCUGGAGCGCAGGGCCGCCUCCCUGCUGACCCGGGGGCCGGCGCAGGCCGGAGCCGAGCCCGAAGCCGGAGCCGUGCAGGCCUCCCUGGGCCUGGUGCGGAGGCGGCUCCAGGACAACCCAGCCUACCUCCUGCUGAAGACGCGGUUCCUGGCGGCCCUGGCUCUCCCCGCGCUGCUGGCCACCCUGCCUCCCCGCGGCGUUCCCACCACCCUGUCACUGGCCACAGGUGUGGGCCUGGAGAGUGACGAGGACCCAGGGCAGCUGGAGGGCGAGGACGCGGCCGGGAGCCCCGCCCAGGGGUCCCCAAACCCUGGCAAGGCCUCCGCCCCUUCCCAGCCGGAUGCGUCUGAUGACCUCGAUGUGCUCAGGACGCGUCGCGCCCGUCAUGUCCGGAAGCGGAGGCGGUUGCUCUGAGCCGCAGGACGAGGACUCUCGGCCCGAAGCCCAGGGCCCACGCCUGCCCAGAGCCCGUCGCAGCUCGGGAAGAAGCGGCCGGAGCCCGGGAAGCUGAUGGCCCGCCCGCAGUCCGAAAUGGGAGCGAGACCCCAGCGAGCAAGACGCAGCCGGCCUGCUGCCUG